AUGACCGUGGCUAAAACGCUUUCGUACACGGACGACACGGCCAUGAGCAGGUCGGUGGUGCAGUCCCUGCUAGCCAAGCGAGAGUUUGAUGAAGUUGAUAUGGCCAAGAGGUUUGCUGAGGAGUACAAGAAGGAACCCAACCGGGGCUAUGGGAUGGCUGUCGUCAACGUCUUCAAGAAGCUCCUGAGCCCCAAGUGCAAUGAUGUGUUCGAACCAGCACGAGCCCAGUUUAAUGGGAAAGGCUCCUACGGCAAUGGCGGUGCCAUGAGGGUGGCAGGCAUCUCGCUCGUGUAUUCUGAUGUCCAGGAUGUUAAGAAGUUUGCGAAGCUGAGUGCUGAGUUAACCCAUGCCAACUCCCUGGGCUACAACGGGGCCAUCCUGCAGGCCCUGGCCGUGCAUCUCGCCCUGCAGGGCGAGCUCAGCAAGGAGACCUUCCUGGAGCAGCUCAUCAGCCACAUGGAAGAUGUAGAGGCAGACGAUAAGUCUCUUACUGACGCCCGAGCGCUGGGAUUUGAGGAUUUACCAUUUUCAAGGCGUCUGAAGAAAAUAAAGGAAUUUUUGGAGCUCAGCAGCGUUCCCAAAGCAGAUGUAUUGUUUGAAUUAGGCAAUGGCAUUGCUGCUUUGCGGUCUGUCCCUACUGCAAUUUACUCCUUCUUGCGCUGUAUGGAAGCCGACCCAGAUAUUCCUGACCACUACAGCAGCCUGCAGAGAACCAUCAUCUACUGUAUCUCCCUGGGUGGAGACACAGACACCAUUGCUACCAUGGCGGGAGCCAUUGCAGGGGCUUAUUAUGGGGAGGAACAGAUACCCCCAAGUUGGGAGCAGAGCUGUGAGGCUUUUCAAGAGACACAGAAGCUGGCAAACAGCUUGUAUGAACUCUACUGCCAGCGGCUCUGAGCUCCGAGGGGAGUGUGUUUUCUGAAGGCAAAGCGGGUGGUCACCUCUGCUUUUCUGGUCAGAAAUGCGGUGGUGGAUCCGUGCCAUCUGCAGACACCAGUGAGCCUCCACCCGAGAAAGACGCCCGCUGCUGUGAUUGAGAGCUGGAGGCACGAGCUGGUUUGGAAGAGAGGGGACAUUCCCCUCAGUUACAGUUCGGCUGGGAAGUGGCUGGAUGUGGUGCCUUGGACAGUGGGUGCAUCUCCUCUGAAGUGUACAGGAGCAUUUGUCUUUCAUAAGGUUUCUGCUUCUUUGUCCCACCCUUAUGCCGUU